UCACUUCUCUCCUCUACUCAUCAAUGUCAAUGCUAUAUUUAUGUCCUAGUUGGAUCAUCCUUAAUCUCUAAAAUUGAAGAUGUUUUGAACUCUCUGUAGAGCGUCUGAUCGAAGGCCUGUACCUGGGGUUUCUUUUUCUCUUCUUCAGAUAGUUUAUUGCUAUAGUGGAAAUGAAUACAAAAGGAUCGGAACCGGAGGUCUUGAACAGUUCGCCACCAAGUGUCUUUAGCAAGAUGAAGAAAAGCUGUAUAGAUUGUCACACAACAACAACACCUCUAUGGCGAGGCGGCCCAGCAGGCCCCAGGUCACUAUGUAAUGCAUGUGGGAUCAGGUACAGAAAGACAAAGAAGGCGCUCCUGGGUUUGGACAAAGGAAGAGCAGAAAAAUGUAAGAGAAAGAAUAGUAAAGAUUUUAGGAAGCUUGGAGUUUCUUUGAAAAUGGGACUGAUGGGUAUUGGAGAAGAAAUGUCAUUUCAGAAAUCAUUAAGAGAGGAAGAAGAAGCUGCCAUGCUUUUGAUGACUCUGUCUUGCGGCUAUAUGUCUAUGCCGGGUCCUUAGAACAAAGACUGAAAGCCCUAACAAAAUAAUAGCCACUCUCUUCACCUUUGACUUUUGACUUUAUCGUCUGUAAUCCAAUCUUCACUUACCUGGAUGCGCUGUAUAAGAAAAAGUGAAAAACCAUCAAGGACUGACUUUUGCAGAA